AUGGAAAAAUUCAGUAUAGCUCUCAUUCUCUUUACUGUAUUUUGGGGUUUCAUUGGUAUCGGUUUACCUUUUCUUAUACCCAAAGGACCCCAUCGACGUCUUAUUCAAACUAUGCUAAUAUUAACAUCGGCUUGUUGCUGGCUCUUUUGGUUAUGUUUUUAUCUUCAUCAAUGGAAACCAUUAUUUGGACCUCAACUAACAAGUGCUAAUGCUGGUGUAUUACGCAUACUUUGGGGCACAGAUUUUUAA